UUCUUUGUCAAAUGAUCCAAGAAGAGAGAUGGUGACCAAUCGGGAUGUGUUGUCAGCAGGUUUACCUAGGAACACAACAGGUAGGUGAGUCGUAGUAGGCGAGCAUUGCUACCGAGGCAGAUUUACACAACGGUGUAAAAAAACAAAAACGUAUUGAAACCAAAAGUGGAUAAAGCGUUCAACUUACAAGAGUAGAGAUGACAGGAACACACUCUCAUUCCAGCAGAAAUAUGAUCAUAAAUGCUUUUCCGACGAACCGCUGCAAUCCAGCCAUCCGUCGUACCUUCGUGAUCUGAUAUUUGGUCCUCCAUGCAGGAAAACGGUGAAAAUUGCGUCGGCUGAUGAGUGCAGCGCUCACGCCCACACGCAAGCCAAGACUCACCUCCACCCGCCCACGUCUACCGAGUUCGGAGCGACAACAACCAGGCCGGGACACAACGAGCAAGCGCACCACCUCUCCCCACGCCUUUCUUCUUCUUCUUCUUCUUCUUCUUAUCUUUCUUUCUUUCAGUUUUUUUUGUUUUGAGUUUGGCUUGGAGAAAAAAAAUAUCACGCCACUCUACUCCCACUGAAUACUACGCAUACCCGCCCAUUUCAUCCACCCAGCCGGCCCCGGGGAGGGACCGUGAGAGACGGCGGAGGCGAGCGAGGAUGGAUGCCCUCGUCGCGCUGGUCAAGAGUCACCCGGGACCCUGGGUGCUGCUCUUCGCCGCCCUCUUCAAGUUGCUCCACGGACUUUUACGGAAGUUACCUACACCUAAAGUCGUGCUGCGGAACGACUUUCAACUGUGGAAGUGGAGGAACCUCUCCAUGUCCAUAGUGCACUCGCUACUUACUGGGACGUGGGCUAUCUCGAGUGCGUUGAUAUGGCCUGAGACAAUUAGCGACAUCCACAGGCACCACACGUCGCUGUCCUAUCUGCUCGUGUGCAUUUCAACAGGAUACUUCGUGGAGGAUGCGUUUGACAUCAUCCACUCGGGAUACUCAUUAGCAUCUUGGGAAUUCCUCCUCCAUCAUGCACUUGUGAUCUCGAGCUUCCUGUACACACUCUACACGCACCUGUACGUGGCCGCCGCGGUGAUCACGCUUUUCGUAGAGGUGAACAGCGUGACGCUGCAUAUGCGGCUGCUACUCAAAGUGGCGGGCGCUACCUCCUCGACCAUCUACGACGUCGUUAAAGUGAUUAACAUUUGCACCUUCGUUGUCUUCCGCCUCACCGCGCAUUUCUAUCUCAGCUGGUACUUGGCGUGCAACUACUCAAAGUUGGAAAAUGCCAACUUUUUCGCAUGUUGUCUGACGAUAAUGAACAUCAUGAUUUUGGUCUACUUCUACCGCCUCAUCCGCUCAGAUUUCCUUCGGCACACUGGCAGGAGUGGCCACGCUGCUCAAAAUGGGAAGCUUGUGUCCAAGAAGUUCCUCACUGAUUGAAGGACCAUCUUUUUUUGUUUACAUUGACUUUAUUUCCCCAUGGAAGGAACUGACUAAACAUUGUAGAAGUGCAUGGUGGAAAGUCUGGAUUCAGUAGUUGCUAUACUUGAGUUUUGUGUGGUCGGGGUUAACAUGUUUGUCACGCAGUCAUGAGGUUCUAAGUCGAAUCCUGGCUCUUCUCGGGUUCGCUGGGUACUUCUGUUUCCUUUCACAUUUCAGAAAAAAAUCUGGUUAGGUUCCACAAAAACUUGAAAUUGUUCAAUAAGCAAACUAUUUUGAAGGUGACAAUGGCCGUGGAUGGUAGAAUGUCAUAAUGGCAGCACAGAGAUGGAGGAAAACAAGCAAGAUUGAUCUCCCUAUUUCUUAUCACAGAAUACACUUGGACGAGAGGGGCAGAUAAAACAUUUUGGACUUUGACAGUCUUUCGAUUAGUACACAGACAGGAAAUGUCAACCUUUGAGAAUUACUAAACACAAGCUAGCAUUUCUUACUUUGGUGUUUUUAUUUUAGGGUGCAUGCAGGUUUCAAUGUCUGCAAAGUGUGUCUCCCUUUUACAAAGUUUACUAUUGAUGUAUUUCAAAUUAUUUAUAGUGAACAUGGAUUCAUGGAUUGGGGGUAUUAUUUUAGUUUAAACAAGAUGACAAGAAACAGACAGAAAUGAGGAUAUACCGUAUUGGCCCGAAUAUAAGACGGUGUUUUUUGCAUUAAAGUAAGAAUGAAAACCUGGGGGACGUCUUAUAACUGCGGCCUAAAAAAAAACAAAAAAAAACAAAAAAAACUGCGGCCUAGACAUAUACCCAUUCACGACGCUGGAUGGCGCCAGUCAUCAAUGAAUCGAAUGCUGAACGCGACUCCGGCAUUUAACUCUGUUAAAUGUUUAAAUGUUCAGAUAUUAAGUUUUGAAUGCGAAAUUAAAUGCCUUUUCUCUCAAAUAUAUUGUUAUAAGCAUUUGUUUCAGAUGUAUUGUAAUUAUUUUCUGUAUAAAAAUUAAUUUGGUGUUCAAAAAGUCUUUUUUCAAACUUGAGUCUUGAAAAAGAGGGGGUCGUCUUAAAAUCGGGGUCGUCUUAUAUUCGGGCCAAUACGGUAAUAGGCUAUCUAACAUGUUCUGCAGUGCCGAGACAACAGUGCCUAAACGAAUAACAUCAACGACAAAAUUAUUUCAGAAUAUUGCUUUUUUUCCCCUCAAAAUACUCCCAUUUUGUUAUUUAAUCAACAAGUAGAAUAAAUGUGUUCUCGUGAGUGUUAACAAGUGUGUAUUUUGAUUUUUUGAGUGAAAUUAAAAAUGUUUUCAAAUGUAAUUCUUCAUUUUUUUCUGGUGCUGCUGUUCACAUACUGAUGAUCACUAUCCCAUUUUGAGCUUAUACUGUAUGUACACUUCUUUUUUUUUUUUUUUUUUUUAAGAGAACUGUCCUGCAAAAGUACAGCCCUCCCCUCUGCUCAGAUUUGGGGGGACAUUCAGUAGGUCCCAUAUUUUCUAGGACAGUCCAGAAUUUCAAUGCUUUUCCUGCGUUUGGCACUACCUCUACCUGGACACGUACUGUACAAUGGUACCUCUACUUACUAAAUUCAUUGGUUCUGGAAGUAGUUCUGUAAACUGAAAAUUCCGUAAGUAGAGACACGUUUUCCAUGUAAAAGCCCUAAUCUUUUCCUAAUCCCCCACCAUCUAGACAUAAAUCUUUUAUAAAGCAUAAUGAUGCAUCAAAAUACAGUGUAUCACAAAAGUGAGUGUACACCCGUCGCAUUUCUGCAGAUAUUUAAGUAUAUCUUGUCAUGGGACAACACUGACAAAAUGACACUUUGACACAAUGAAAAGUAGUCUGUGUGCAGCUUAUAUAAUAAAGUUCAUUUAUUUUCCCCUCAAAAUAUAGCCAUUAAUAUCUAAACCGAUGGCAACAAAAGUGAGUACGCCGCAUAGAAACUACGUACAUCCC